AUGCGUCUCCACCUUCUUCCUCUCGUCCUUGCCGCGGCCGGCGCUUCUUGGGCCUCUCCCGUCGAACAGCGCCAAGCUGCUUCGUCCACUUCGGCGAGUGCCACAGCAACAGCGACGCCUUACGACUUCAGGGAGGGCGCCAUUACGCAGUACCCCAUCCAUUCCUCGUGCAACGUCACGCUCCAGCGCCAGCUCACGCGUGCGCUGACCGAGACGGUCGAGCUUGCCAAGCAUGCCCGCGACCACAUCCUCCGCUUCGGCCAGUCCUCUCCGUUCGUCCAGAAAUACUUUGGCAACGGAACAACCGCCGUCCCGCUCGGAUGGUACACUCGGGUUAUCAGCGCUGACAGGGGGAACAUGACCUUCCGCUGCGAUGAUCCGGACCAGAAUUGCAAAACACAGAAUGGCUGGGCGGGCCACUGGCGCGGCUCCAACGCGACGCAAGAGACAGUCAUCUGCGACCUGUCCUUCGUCAGACGGCGCUGGCUCAAUUCCGUCUGCGGCCUGGGGUACAACGUCGCCGAGUCCCCGCUGAACACGUUCUGGGCAACGGAUCUGCUCCACCGGAUCUUCCAUGUGCCUCAAAUCAGCGAGGGUGUUGUCGACCAUUUCGCCGAGGACUAUGAGCAAGUCCUGGAGCUGGCGAAAACGGACCCGGCAAAGUCGGCCAUCGACAGCGACACGCUGCAGUACUUUGCCAUUGAUGUCUAUGCGUAUGACAUUGCGGCGCCUGGUGAGGGUUGUUCGGGCGGACAUAGCGAGUAG